GUUCCGGCGGCGUGGCACCUAGUGUUCAGAGGUUGGCGAGUAGAAAAUAGUGAGAACGCGUUCCCUACUGAACCUCAGAUAUACUUAUCUGUCUGAGUGGUACUGUCACACCUGUGUUCGUGAACCCCGGCUUGUCGAACGUCGCUAGCAGUUCAGUGUCCAACAAUGUCCGACUGACAGUCUCGCUGAGAAUUAUGCUUUGAAUAGCGUCUGAAUAGUCUUGCCCGUGAAUCGUAGUCGGAUUAAACACCGACAGCCGCAAUGGUUUCGGACAGGGGCUUGUUGGCAAGAAUUAUGGCCCGCUGAUGUCAUUACGUGAGCUUCGAGAACACGUACAAGUCGAGGCGGUGAAAGAAAAAGGGGAGGGACUCUGCACUGAACACAUAGACCGGGCAGCAAACGAGAUCAUCCGAUAUGGCGCGCGCAAUUGAUGCCCUUCCCACUCCAGCUCACGUGAAGCCGAAGAAGUUGAUCGUCCUGAGUGCGCCUCGAACUGGUACCCACGGUCUUUAUGAAGCGCUCAAGAAGCUGGGCCAUCGGCCCUAUCACAUGGUAGAGGUGGUCGGCGGUGGCGUCCCCGCGAUUCGGACCGUGAUAGAGGCUAUGAAAGCCGAAUAUUUUCACGAAGGAACACCAUAUGGCAGGGAAGAGUUCGACAAGUGGUUCGCAGACUACGAUAUCAUAAUAGAAAUGCCAUUCUUCAUGCUCCGGUCGAUCCUGAAGGCAUAUCCCGAUGCCACAUUCAUGCUGAUAGAGCGAGACCCUGAAAAAUGGGCCAAGUCCUUCUUCAAUUCGAUCGGUGUCGCUUCUACGCGCCUGAAUCAGUUGCCCAUGUCCGUAUUCAAAUACUUCGACAGCUUUAUAUACAAUAUGGACACCUACUCAGCGCGAAUGGUGAGUUACUGGACAAAUGGCUUCGGGGUAUCCGAUAAGGGCCGCGAAUCUCUGAUCGAGAAUUACAGUGCUUAUAUUGCCGAAGUAAAACGGCUUGUGCCUCCGGCGCAGCUUAAAGUGUUCAGCUUGGAAGAUGGUUUCGGAUGGAAUGACUUGUGCCCGUAUUUGGGUGAACCUAUCCCAGAUACGCCCUGGCCAUCGCUAAAUACGCCAGAUGAGUUUUUUUCCUUAGCCAAACCCAUGUUUCAAAAGGCCGUGACCAAGGGCAUGGUAGGAGUAACAACUGUAAUAGCUAUUGCAGCAGUUGGUAUGGGUAUGGCAUGGAAAAUUUACAUGUCUUCCCUGACCUAGUUCGACGCAGCAGAUUUUGCAACACAUUGCCAUGUUUGGCCACUUCAAGCACCAGUUGUGAGCUUGCGUGGAAUAACAGAGUGAAAAUUGAAUUGCGUGA